CAGGAUUGAGCGGUCCGUGACGUCAUCCCACGACCGAAGACGGACCUGCGGAAGGGAAAACAAAUCGCUCCGGAGUCGUGUUGUUGAUUUUGUAUGUGUGCGUGUGCGGAGCUCGAAGCAAGGAAAAGUAGUAUCCUUUCUGUACUCUGUUUAGAUCUAUUAUUACAGUGGAGAUCUGCGCAGUAAGCGGCCAUGGAGGCGCAGAGAGGCAGAGAGGACGUCAAGUUGCCCCCCGUGCUGCACAUCGUCGUGGUUGGGUUUCAUCACAAGAAGGGUUGUCAGGUGGAGUUCUCCUACCCCCCCCUGCUGCCGGAUGAGAGCCACGACAGUGGGGGCCUCCCUGAGCAGUGGAGGUACCUGCCGUUCCUCGCCCUGCCAGACGGGGCUCACAACUACCAGGAAGACACGGUGUACUUCCACCUGCCCCCGCUGAGCGCCGAGAUGAAGUGUGUGUACGGAGUGUCCUGCUACCGGCAGAUAGAGGCUAAGGCUCUGAAGGUCCGACUGGCAGACGUUACCAGGGAGACGGUGCAGAAAAGUGUGUGUGUCCUCAGUAGAGUGCCUCUCUACGGCCUUCUACAGGCCAAGCUUCAGCUCAUCACUCACGCCUACUUUGAGGAGAAAGACUUCUCACAGAUCGAUAUUUUAAAGGAACUGUACGAACACAUGAACGGCUCGCUGCGGGGGUCCACUCUGGAGGGGUCACAAGUGUAUUUAGGGUUAUCGCCAAGAGAUUUAAUACUUCACUUUAGACACAAGGUUCUCAUCCUCUUCAAACUGAUCCUGCUCGAGAAGAAGGUCCUGUUCUACGUCUCGCCUGUCAACAGACUCGUGGGGGCACUGAUGACUGUGUUGUCGCUGUUCCCAGGGAUGAUCGAGCACGGCCUGGCGGACUCCUCCCACUACCGGCCCAAGAGCAGCCUGUCAGAGGAGCCGGGCGGCGGGGGGGCGGAGCCCGCCGCCGCCGUGACCACGCCCUCCAUCGAGGAGUUCGUCUCCGUCUCCGCCACGGACAUCGCCGAGCUGGUGGGGGAGGAGCCGCCCCCCCCCACGGGGGAGGGGGAGGGGGAGGGGGGGGACAGCCACCUCCUCAAGCCCCCCUCGCGGCCGUCCCCUGACUCGUCGGAGAGCGACUGGGAGACCCUGGACCCCAGCGUGCUGGAGGAGGCGGCGGCGGCGGCGGCGGCGGGCGGCGAGAAGGGGGCGGAGCAUCCGGAGACCUUUGACCCCGAGCCGGGCAUCCCCAUCACGUCGCAGCCCCAGGCGGUGGGGGGCCAGGGCGGGGUCGUCCAGGGGCUGGUGUCCGGGCUGGAGGAGGAUCGCUACGGGCUGCCCCUCCCCGUCUUCACCAAGGGUUACCUGUGUCUGCCCUACAUGGCCCUGCAGCAGCACCACCUCCUGUCCGACGUGACGGUGCGCGGCUUCGUUGCCGGGGCGACCAACAUCCUGUUCCGCCAGCAGAGGCACCUGAGCGACGCCAUCGUCGACGUGGAGGAGGCCCGCAUCCAGAUCCAGGACCCGGAGCUGCGCCGUCUGCUGGCGCUGACCACGGCCGACCUGCGCUUCGCCGACUACCUGCUGAAGCACGUGACGGAGAACCGCGAGGACGUGUUCCUGGACGGGACGGGCUGGGAGGGCGGGGACGAGUGGAUCCGGGCGCAGUUCACCCUCUACCUCCACACGCUGCUGUCCUCCACCCUGCACCAAGGUAGGGUCAGCCUCCAGCUCCACCCCCUAGUGUCCUCCACCCUCUACCUCCACACGCUGCUGUCCUCCACCCUGCACCAAGGUAGGGUCAGCCUCCAGCUCCACCCCCUAGUGUCCUCCACCCUCCACCUCCACACACUGCCCUCCUCCACCCUCCACCUCCACACGCUGCUGUCCUCCACCCUGCACCAAGACAGCGAGAGGCUUCUGGCGGACUACGGCGCCCCCUUCACCGCGGCAUGGAAAAUCACGCACAACUACCGCGUGUGGCAGAGCAACCGACACCAGGCCAUGACGGAGAUCACGCCAGGGCACCCUUUCCAGGGACAGUACAGUGUUGCAGAUGUGAAGCUCAGACUGUCUCAUUCGGUCCAGAACAGCGAGCGGGGGAAGAAGAUCGGGAACGCCAUGAUGAGCACCAGCCGGAACGUGGUGCAGACGGGCAAGGCCGUCGGUCAGUCGGUGGGCGGCGCUCUGACCAGCGCCAAGUCGGCGAUGUCCUCCUGGUUCUCCACCCUGGCCACCCCGCCCGUUGCCGUGGUGAUGCCGUCCCCCGAGGAAGGGCACCACCAGGAGGAGCAGUGAGACCGUCCCUCCUCCUCCCCUCUCUCCUCCUCCUCCUCCUUCCUCCUCCCUCCUCCUGCUGCUGUAAGCCCGCUCUGCCCAGCGGGGGGGCGGCAAUGUCCGGGUCUCUACAGGACACUCUAACCCUAACCCCGCCCCGGCUCUGUGAAGGACACGACCUAUAGAAGGACUGCUGGUUGAAACCCCCGUAGAGGGGAGUCCCCAGACACACACCUACACCUACACACACAGAUCUACACACACAGUGCUCUGAUGAGUAAGGGGGGGGGUGACAGCAGACGUCGAUGCUGUAGGCUUCUGACCUGAUGGUCACUGAUCCUCGUCGCUGACGUCCGUCCAAGUCCUGUAAACGUGAUCCGAAGCUCGUCGCUAUGAGCAGCGUGUUUGGUCAAUGCUUACAUCUCCGUCAGGUCGGGUUCGAUUCUGUUUGGGCCGGAGCGCCCUGCAGUUGAAGGACACGUCGCUAGGGUCCUGUGGUUAAACGCGAGCUGGUCGUCUCCUUCCUCUGUCGUCGUCUGAUUUCAAACCUCGUCAACGGUAAACUGUCCUUCUGCCUCUUUCUCGGGAGAGGGGGGUCUUGAGAUAACUUGACUUGUCUACUAAACAGAUUUUGUGACGGGUUCGGCGGGGUCUACUGUCGGGGUCUCGAGACCCACAAAGGGAAACGCUGUCACCACUAACCGGCGAGUUUGACGGCGUUGCGGCCUGCAUUCCGGGAACAAGAUAUUCCCUUUGUGUAUUUUUUGCGUUCUUAUUUUUGUUCUUUUCUCCCC